AUUAAUUCAAACUACAAAAAUGGGAUCUUGAGUAAGCCGAUGAGCUGACCUCACAAGAGAUGAGGAGACCACCAGAGGCGAACAGGAUGUGGACUAUUCACAUCCUUUGAAGUUUGUACUGAAGGAGGAGAGGAAGAAGGAAUUGGAGCAGGGGUUAGACAGGGUGGUGAGGAUUCAGGCUAUCUGGAGAGGCAGUAUUGCUAGGAAGAAAUUUAAGGAUCUGAAGCAUUUGGAGAAAGAGGAGAAUAAGGGGAAUAAAGACGAAUAUUUUGAAUUGGAUGAGCUUUAUGAAACUAUAACCGAAGGCAAAAUUUUUAACUUCAAUCAGCCCAGAAUCAAGAAAAAAUAUACAUAUAAAUCUGGAGCGAUUUAUUUGGGAGAAUGGAAAGGAGGAUUUAGAGAUGGUGAGGGGAUUAACAAGUGGCCAAAUGGAGCUAAAUACAAAGGAACCUGGGCAUUUAAUUUAGCAGAAGGCAAAGGUACAUUUAUUCAUCCAGAUGGAGAUGAAUACGAUGGUGACUGGAUAAAUGGCAAAGCAAAUGGAUUCGGAGUAUACACACACAAAAAUGGUUCCACCUAUAAAGGAGCAUGGCAAAAUGACCUUCAAGAAGGCAAGGGAGUGGAGACUUGGUGAGAUUCUUCAAUGUACGAAGGAAAUUACCAUAAAGGUGGCAAGCAUGGAUUCGGUAUUUACAAAUGGAAGGAUGGAAGCCAGUACAAAGGAGAAUGGGCAGAUAAUAAAAUUUCAGGUUUUGGAAUUUAUUCUUGGUUGGAUGGUCGGAAAUAUGUAGGAGAAUGGAGAAAAAAUAACAUGGAAGGAUAUGGAUGUUAUGGAUGGAAAGAUGGUAGAAAAUAUGAAGGCCAAUACAAAGACGAUAAAAAACAUGGGUUUGGAAUCUACAAAUGGGCUGAUGGAAGAUCAUAUGAAGGAUCUUGGACAUUCGGUAAGCAGCACGGGCUUGGUCGCUAUGAAGUGCCUCAAGAAGGAGAAGUUAAAUAUGGCUUGUGGGAAGCAGGCAAGAGAAUUAAGUGGUUCAAUGAGGAAGAAGUGCAGAAGAUUUUGAUGGGAGAUAUAGCCUGGAUUGAGGAGUUUAAGAAGGAGAUAUCGAAGAAAUAUGUGAAGAAUAAAGUAGGAUUUGGCAGGCCAGAUGGGUUUGAAAAGAAGUUGAAGGAGAUAGUUAGUAGGGCAGAAACGGAUGGAGAGUAGUAUGGUGAGGGGGUUUGGGAGAGGAGGAAUGGGGAUUUUAUGAGAGAGAGAGUUGUGUUUGAGAGUAAAUGGAAAUUUAUUGAAGGUUGUUGUG